AUGCAAGAACUUGAUCUUAAAUUUUCACAAAUUGAGCAACAAAUAUAUCGAAUAGAAAUGUAUCAACGUGGUUGUCCAAUUUUGGAUAACAGUGGAAAAACAACAAUUAUAGCAUCGGGUUCCCUUGUUCAAAAUUACACAGAAUGUAGUGAAUGCCAUUGCGAUUAUGAAGGAAAUUUGUAUUGCAAGCCAAUAGGGUGUCCGUUUUUGAAUUGUGCAUAUCCACUGACACCACUCCAUGGGCAAUGUUGCCCUCAAUGUGGAAAACGGUGCUUAUUCAAUGGGCGCUUUUACGAAAGUGGAGAACACUUUUCGCCAAAGACUUGCACUUACUGUUUUUGUAAGGAUGGUAGAGUGGAAUGUUCUUUUAAAUUUCCCACUCAUUGCCCUCAACUUGAUUGUAGAGAUCGAGAAACGCCUCCCGGUGAAUGCUGUCCAGUUUGCAGCAACAUUGAUCAUUGCAGAUUUAAAUCGUGUUCACCAAAUGCAACUUGCCAAUCUGGGAAGUACUCUGCUGUUUGUCGUUAUAUUGAUGAAUGUUUAAUGAAAGAUAAUACAAAUAUUGAGAAGAAAAGAAAAUGUGGAAAAGGCACUUUUUGUAUUAAUUUACCUGGAUCAUUUCUUUGUAAAUGUUUACCAGGAUUUAGUCCUAUAUUGGAUGAUAAAACAGAAAAUGGGACGAAAAGUUGUUUUGAUUUAAAAAAGUCAUUUAAUUAA